GUGGGUCGUUUUUACGCACGGAGAGCGCAGGUAAAAUGUGCGCUUGACGCGUGAAGAGGAGUUCCUCCCUCAUGGUGUCCAAAGUUUUCUCACUCCAGGCGGGCAACUCCAAGCCUCCGCCAAGCCCCAUUUUUCUCUCUCUAACGUUCCCCCGAAGAAACAAGCCGGCGUUACGUCAGAAAGUGCAGGGCAAGCAAGGCAGCGUCUCGGGAGCUAUUCGUAGGCACUGCUGCCAAACCCGGCUUUGAGCUGCUCACGAGCUCUCUGCAGCCAAUGCAUUUUACAAAUCCAACUCUUUUAAAAGAGCAGCAGUGUGUGACAGGUCACUGGUGCUGGCACAAUUACGCACAAAAAGCCAAACUGGAGAGUAAACAGUGUGAAUAGAAAGAGUUGAGUGGUGAUGAUGAUGAAGCUGCAGAGAUUUUGGACUCAUAGAAGUUUUCUGUAGCAUUUCUUUAUUAUUCUUCUUUGCUGAUCUCAAAAACAACAUGCCUCACGCUCGAAAUAGGAACCCCAGUCCCAUCCCAGAGGUAACAUGGGACACAGGGCUGAAGGAGAUGAACGAGACGUGGAAAGGAGCUAUAGCCUGUCUGGGGGUGGCUGUCUUCUUUGUAAUGACCAUCGGUAUCAUAUACUGGCAAGUGGUGGACCAGCCCAACAAAAACUGGAUCCUCAGGGGGACCAUCAGCGGUCUGAUCUGGGAGAGAAGAACUCACUCGCUGGUCAUACAGACUCUGGCGGAGGACAAGACUUACGUGGAGAUAGACGUGGGGAACGUGGGGAACCCUGACAUUGAGGUUCCCUUCGUGAGGAACCUGUGUUGGCUUAAUAAAACCGAGUUCUGCUACACAUGGGACUCGGUGGCCGAGGUGAAGAUCUCACUGGAGGCGAAUGAGGAGACGGAGACAGAGUGCUACAGCAUGGCUUGGACGCCGGUGCACUGUCAUGUGGAGCUGAAGGACUGUUUCUCCAUGGCUAACAUGUCCUGGUAUGGUGGUGCCAGUGUGCGGGGUCAAACAUGGCCGAUUAACAAUCAAAACGUCAUAAUGCAGCCCUUCAUCAUGAGUAAUCUGAAGGACACUCCCUCUGGAUUUGGCUCCGCCCUGGAGCGCUACUUCCUGGGCUCUUCAGGAGUCACAGUGCUCGUGUCUCCUGAUAUUCCCGUGCAGCUCGGGAUUGACAACAGGCAGCAGUUCUGCCUGAAGUCACUGCCUAGUAUGGAGCGCCUUCCUCUUCAGUACACCGUGUGUGUGGCCCAAAAUGUAAGAGCCGCGCAUCAAGAAGCGGUUCGAGAGCUCUCCGAGCACAGCAGGGAGCUGCCUAACAUGAAAGCUCUGUGGCUGCCAUUCUGGAAGCUGCUCAGUAAUGUGGACUCAGGGCCGAAGGUGGAGAGGGAGUUGAGAACUUUCUCGAAUCGCCUGAGGAGACACCAGCUGGGCGAGGGAGUCAUCAGCCUCAAUGAACAUUCCACCAACCUCCUCUCAGAAAUGGACCACGACUACCUCAACAGCAGGAGAAGGGGGGCGUCCAAGAGACUGUCCAGGGACCUCCCACUUGUAAAGCUUCUUAACAUUUCCAUCACCCUGUCCCCUUUCCUGGGCGUGGACACCACGCAGUUCCGCACCUCCCUCGUGGACGGCACCGAGGCCUUCUGGCUCAGCCUGCCGUCGGCCAAUCAUGGAAAGCUGAUCCCUGUGAUGAGUCAGUGGCGAGGAAAGUUCUGCGUGAAGCUGAACCUCACCAACCCAGGAGCAGUUCACUGGUUUCUGGACAGAGUGGAAUCCCUGCAGGCCCAUUUAGGAAUGGAGUACAUCCUCUUGGAGGGGGGUGAGGGGAAUCUGUUCGAGGAGCAGGCCCUGCGGCCGCCGCAGGCUCUGGUCGGAGACAAGUACAUUGAACUUAUGGCCGACCUGGCCGCCAGCAUCGGAGACUCCACCAUUGUCACUGCGGGGACGCGGUCAAGCCACAGGCCUCUGUUUGUGAGGAUGACCCCUCUGCAGUCGGACUGGGGUCCCACGGGCCUGAAGGCCAUCAUUCCCUCCUUGCUGCACCACACAUUGCUGGGAUACAACUUCCUCAUUCCUGAUGCAGUAGGAGGCUCUCUGUCCGGAGAUCUGGUAACGGAUCAGGAGUUGUUCAUCCGAUGGCUGGAGAUCGCUGCUUUUCUCCCGGUUAUCAGCUUCCAUACGCCACCCUGGGUCUACGGAGACGACCAGGUGUUAAACCUGACCCGGACCUACAUAUCAAAGCACCAGAGUGAGGUGGUCCCGCUCGUGGAAAAGUAUGCCGACGGGUGGCUGCUGACGGGAAACCCCAUCUACCGCCCAAUGUGGUGGCUCAGUCCAAGUGACCCAAAGACUUUCACCAUUGAUGACCAGUUCCUCAUCGGAGACGAGGUCCUGGUGGCGCCGGUGGUGGAGAAGGGGGCAGCACAGAGGGAUAUUUAUUUACCAGACGGGGGCUUUCAGUGGCAGGACAGCCGGAGCGCCCAGGUUUUUGACGGGGGGACGUUUCUGCAGGACUACCCCGUCCCUCUGGAGGAGGUGGCUGUUUUCUCACGGAGAAGCUGAGUCAUGACUAAUCCACUGAGUCUCCUGAUUCUCAAUCAAAUUCUUAAAAAGAAAACUUCUUUGAAAGUGUUUGCACUUUUCCCCUAAAGACCAUGGACUCUCUAUCAACACCUGACUUGAGAUGAUAAAUAGAAAGACUUUUGUUUUUUAAAUACUUGCACUUUAAAGUGAAACUUUAUAUAUUUUUUCUCUUUUUGACAGAUUUUUUUGUAAAAUGUUAAUCAGUUUUACCUCUUGGCUGAUUGGUUUCUGGACUCUGUUGUUUGUUUUUUAUUCAUUCACCUAUUUUUGUGUAUAGUUCCUGAGAAAUCUGGGUGUUUACAUGCUGCCUUUCAACAGUCUGCCUUUAAAUCCGUCGCUGCUGCUGGCCCUCCGGAUGAGGAGGAACAACACAAGCCCCAUUGUUGGCUUGGAAACAUUUCUCAAGAAGACCAAAUGAAGAAAUAGAAAGCAAAAAAAAAAAAAAAAGACUUUUGAAAGGGUUUUUAUUCAUUUUUUUCCUGAGGGAACUGCUUACUAGAUUUGACAGAAAGAUGGACAGAAGCACAGUGGUAACACGUGGCUCAGUCACACAUGAGGAUGGCUCUUACUUGAACCAAUCUUGGCUGAUGCUCUGGGAAUGUUUCUCAGUUUAUAAAGUCAUUAUACACAUCAACCUUCAACCCCUUAGCACAUAUUCUUAAAGUAACACAGAGCAGUUCUCUGCUCCGCCACCCUACUGGUUGAAAGUGGAAUUACAACUACCGUAAAGACCCCUGCUGCAGCCUGCUGUAACUUAGUGCUUGCAAUGAGCUAACACUAACGUGAGCAAACCAAUACUAAAAUAAACCACAAAGUAUAAUGAUCCGCCAAAGAUAUUACUUACAAGUCCAGUAGCAACAAAGCCAGGUUACCAUCAAUCCGUGAUUUCUGAGGCCUCCUUUGGCUUCCUCAAACUAGUCAGGGUUGCCAACUUUUGAACUUUUCCAUGUAAGAGAGAAGGGAGGGGUUGAGUCUUCAGCAUGAGAUAUUGGAGGUGUGGAGUGAGUGUGUGAAGAGGGUCAGAUGAGUUGGCAGCCUUGCUAGCAUUGGCCGCGCCGACGUUUACUCUGGUUUUAGCGCUUUGCUUCGCCUCCAAAGACAUUAAUUUCUUACUUUUACUUUCAGGCUCCACCAUGAUGCGAACAACAAAGCAAACUUCUUUUUCUUCAUCUUGUGCUUUUAUUGACAAUCUGUGAACUGAAAAGCUAACUGCUAGCAUAAUAGCUAACAGCUGUAAAGCAGGUAAAGAGUGUCCCCUGUAGAGCACCUACCCACUCCACAAAACUGUUAAGUGCGGUAUCUGGCGGGCGGAGGGCUUCAGAGUUAUGUUAAAGCUCUAGCUUAAAGUAAAUAAACUAUUUAGUGUUACUUUAAAGCAGCACCCACACACCACCGUACUGUAUUUCUGGCUACCACAGAACCAAGUACCUGUUGCUUUAACUUGACUUUUAUUUAUCCUUUGAAUCAAAUUAGACUUUUAGAUGACCAAACUCUAAAUGAGAGGUUUAUUUAACUUUUAUCCCGUUUCCAGUUUUAAUGCGGAGCUCAACGUGUGCUGGUUGUAAUCAGCACAUACGAGCGAUGAGACAAUAAUAAGAUGUAAUUUGAACAUCAAAACUGUUUAUUUGGAAUACAUGAUGGUAACUUUUUGCCCUUAAAUAUAGUAUUUUGUAAAAGUCUUGACUCAUUCCCUCAUUUCUUCAUAUUUUGCCUCCAAGCUGCCAGAUUUUCUUGUGGCUUUGGCUGCUUUUCUGAAUCUUUUUCAGCACUUCUAGGUGACUUUUGAGUAAUUUAGGCACAAUUCUUUAAAUAUCUUAGCAAGUAAAUGUAAUUGUUGUUGUUUUGUUAUCAACAGCUUAUGCGUGUGCUUAUUUAUUUUAUUAUGGUUAAUUAAUUUACUCCAAAAUAAUACAUUUUGACAAAUAAAAUUGCAUUUUAGCCUAAAAAAUGUGAUUUUCUACAUAAUCAUAGGUGAAAAACACAUCCUACUAUUAGCCAUUGACAGAUAUUUUCGUGUUUUCAGAUGCCGUUCAUCUGUUUUUAGGUCUUACAUUUCAUCCCUUAUCCUCCAAUUAUCAACCAUCCUAAUUUUUCAAGCACAUCAGGUAAAAAUACAGCCGAAGACCGAAGAAAAAUCUUCAUUAAACCUCUUCAAAGGAGGAAAUUCUGGCUGCUUGGAUGAAAAGAUAUAAAGAAAAUCGGAACGUUUUCGAAAGUUGCACUGUGCUGAAGUUUAACACAUAAUAUGGAGCAUUAUUUUUAUGUAAAAGCACUAAAACAUUCAGAAAGAUGAAGAACUUUUUGACUAAAAAGGUUUUCUGAUUUACCUUCAACUAAAGCUCUAAACAAAGAGCCCAUCUGGAGUGGAGCUGCGUUCAGAAUCCCAAAACCCAAACCAGCUCUCUGUUAAUUAAAGGGUUUGUUUCAGAAGACGUGUGGCACAAACCAUCCCCUUAUUUAUUUUCUCCCUGACUGGAUGCUGACCCGACCUCUCCUCUGCACCGUCUACACUUGGUUACUUUGGAUCUGUGACAAUUAAACCAGCAGAUUCUGAUUCAUCUUGUGAUCGUGUUCAAAAUUUGCUCCAUCACUAAAUUUCUGACUGAAUAUGUUUACUGUGUCAACUACAACACUCAGGUCUAACGAAGCUGCAGCUCACCAAAUGUCUUAGUGCAACACAGUGAUGUCUUAAUCUCUCAAAGAGCAGAAUGGGAACUUUCCACAAAACCUUUUUGUGAGAAAAAAAAACUUGUUUCUGUCAACGCUUCAAUAGAUCAGUGUACUUUUUCUCAAAUACAUGUGGCCGAAAAAUCUGUUUUGUUUUAUUCCUUGUGCCUUGAUAAUGAAAAACAAUAAUAGUGUGCUUUAAUAAUAAAAAUGUGCCCUAAUAAUAAUGAUGUGCCUUAUUCAUAAACCGCUCUCAAAUCCAGACCAAGGCAAGAAUCUGGAUUGUUGCAGGAUUAGCAAUGAAAGUAUGAUGACUGUGCCAUUAUAAAUGCUUUGCUUCUCUUUUCUGUAAAUGAGAAAAAGUAGAAAAAGAUGCAAUAAAGUUUACAUUUUCUUAAUUUAA